UGCCGUAAAACGUGAAAACAGCAGCAGAAGAAAAAGAAGCUGUCUGCUGUUUCAAACCUGCUUCACACCGACCAUCGAGCAGUCCACAACAAACGGAGAGAGGAAACCAAGAAGGAAGCAAAGAGGAGAGAGAGAGACACGAUAUCCACUUAAACAAGUUUCUGGUGGAUUUUAAGAGUGCUGAGCACUCACAUCCUUCAGCAACAUGGGAGAACUCUUCAGAAGUGAAGAGAUGACGCUGGCUCAACUCUUCCUUCAGUCAGAAGCUGCCUACUGUUGUGUCAGUGAACUAGGAGAGAUCGGGAUGGUGCAGUUUCGUGACCUGAAUCCUGAUGUGAAUGUGUUCCAACGAAAGUUUGUCAAUGAAGUACGACGAUGUGAGGAGAUGGAUCGCAAGCUGAGAUUUGUAGAGAAAGAAAUAAAGAAGGACAAUAUCCCAAUAGUUGACACAGGAGAGAACCCUGAGGUCCCCUUCCCAAGGGACAUGAUCGACCUGGAGGCCACAUUUGAGAAGCUUGAAAAUGAGCUAAAGGAAAUAAACACCAACCAAGAAGCCCUAAAAAAGAACUUCCUGGAACUGACUGAGCUCAAGCACAUCCUGCGUCGCACACAACAGUUUUUUGAUGAGAUGGAGGAUCCCAGUUUACUGGAGGAGACAUCAGCCCCCCUGGACCCUAAUGAGGCUAACCGAGGAGCUGCCCUCAGACUGGGAUUUGUGGCUGGAGUCAUUGGCAGGGAACGUAUUCCCACAUUUGAGAGGAUGCUGUGGAGAGUUUGUCGAGGAAAUGUGUUCCUCAGGCAGGCAGACAUUGAAGAUCCACUGGAGGACCCGACUUCGGGCGACCAGGUCCACAAGUCUGUCUUCAUCAUCUUCUUCCAGGGAGACCAGCUUAAGAAUAGAGUCAAGAAGAUCUGUGAGGGGUUCAGAGCGACCUUGUACCCGUGUCCAGAAACACCCCAGGAGAGGAAAGAGAUGCUUGCAGGGGUGAACGCACGCAUUGAGGACCUGCAAAUGGUGCUGAACCAGACUGAGGAACACAGGCAGAGGGUCCUGCAGGCUGCAGCCAAGACGGUCAGAGUGUGGUUCAUCAAGGUGAGGAAGAUGAAGGCCAUCUACCACACCCUCAACCUCUGCAACAUUGAUGUCACUCAGAAGUGUCUGAUCGCUGAGGUGUGGUGUUCUGUCUCUGACCUGGACUCCAUCCAGUUUGCCCUUCGCAGGGGGACGGAAAAGAGUGGCUCCACUGUGCCUUCCAUCCUCAAUAGAAUGCAAACCAAGCAGACCCCACCCACCUUUAACAAGACCAACAAGUUCACCUCAGGCUUCCAAAACAUUGUGGAUGCCUAUGGAAUUGGCAGCUACCGUGAGAUCAACCCAGCACCAUACACCAUCAUCACCUUCCCCUUCCUCUUUGCGGUUAUGUUUGGGGACCUGGGCCACGGGGUGCUCAUGACCUGUGCUGCCCUGUACCUUGUAUUAAGAGAGAGCAGGCUGAUGGCCCAGAAGAACGAUAAUGAGAUGUUCGGCAUGGUGUUUGCUGGGCGCUACAUCAUCCUGCUAAUGGGAAUCUUCUCAAUCUACACUGGGAUCAUUUACAAUGACUGCUUCUCCAAGUCCCUCAAUGUAUUUGGCUCUGGCUGGAGUGUCAGGCCCAUGUUCGACGCUCGAGUAGGAGGCAACUGGACGUUUGACACACUGGAAGGAAAUAAAAUUUUGCAGUUGGACCCAGCUGUAGAUGGAGUGUUCACAGGGCCGUACCCCAUUGGCAUCGAUCCGAUAUGGAACAUUGCCACCAACAAGCUGACAUUCCUGAACUCGUUUAAGAUGAAGAUGUCUGUUGUCCUGGGAGUCAUCCACAUGCUGUUUGGAGUUUCUCUCAGUCUCUUCAACCACCUGUAUUUCAAGAAGCCACUGAAUAUCUACUUGGGAUUCAUCCCAGAAAUUGUCUUCAUGUCCUGCCUCUUUGGCUACCUAGCCAUUCUGAUCUUCUAUAAGUGGGUCGCAUACGAUGCACGCACCUCCAGGGAUGCUCCCAGUCUCCUCAUCGCCUUUAUUAACAUGUUUCUCUUCAACUACAACGACCCCAGUAACAAACCUCUGUACAGAGGACAGAUGGGAAUACAAUCACUCUUGGUGGUAAUCGCCUUGGCUUGUGUUCCCUGUAUGUUAAUAGUGAAAACUCUAGUUCUGCGGAGACAGUAUUUAUGGCGGAAAAACCUGGGUACGGCGAACUUUGGAGGGAUCAGGGUGGGCAAUGGGCCCACUGAGGAUCAGGCUGAAAUCAUCCAGCAUGACCAGCUCUCACAGCACUCUGAGGAGGAGCCUGAGUACUGCCUUUUGUCACCUGCUGUCAAGGCCCACGAGGAGGAAGAGUUUAACUUUGCGGAUGUGGCAGUGCAUCAGGCGAUCCACACCAUAGAGUACUGCCUGGGCUGUAUCUCCAAUACUGCCUCCUAUCUUAGGCUUUGGGCCCUCAGUCUGGCUCAUGCACAGUUGUCAGAAGUUCUGUGGUCCAUGGUGAUGCACAUUGGCCUUUCUACCAGCAACCUCGGGGGCUUCUUGCUUCUGGUCAUAGUCUUUUACUUCUUUGCUGUUCUCACAGUUGUCAUUCUUCUCAUUAUGGAAGGCCUGUCAGCCUUCUUGCAUGCGCUGCGACUGCACUGGGUGGAGUUUCAAAACAAGUUUUACACAGGCCAGGGCUUCAAGUUCCUCCCAUUCACCUUUGAAAGCAUCCUGGAGGGGAGGUUUGAGGACUGAGACCUGACGACUCCUUUUCUUCUGUUAAUGUCACUGAUCUCGUGAGAAUCUGUGUGGUGGUGAAUAGUGAUAUUUGUGUGUGAUGCAGUUUCUGACAUCCCAGGUGUUAAAUCAUCUUACAAGACUUUCAUUUGUUUUAAAUAUUUCAUCACUUUUUAGAAUCAGAAUCUAAAUCUGCAACAUCUAUAGAAAUUAAUAUUCAUUUAUUCUAUAAAAAAAUAGCAUUAUCUGUUGUGUCUUGUCUUAGUGAAGUUAUUUUGUUUUACCUGUGUUUUAUUUAGUUUAUAUUAUUUAUGCAAAUCUUUCCUCUUGUAAAACCUGCAUUUAUUUUUUUUUCCUAUGUGGCCGUGUUGCACUACCAGUCAUAAAUGAGCUCUGUUGCAAA